CUCACACUCACUCUCUUUCACUCCCUCCCUCUCUUUCUCCCUCCGUCCCUCCCUCCCUCGUUCUCUCAUGAAUGUCACCUUUACUGGUGGCAGCGGCUGGAUUCGCGCACACACAUACACAUGGGCUUUGGGGGUGGGGGGCAGGUAGGGUUGUGGGGAAAGAGAGAGAGAGUGAGAGAGAGAGAGAGAGAGAGAGAAAGAGAGAGAGAGCAUGCCAAGAGGUAGAAGACUAAUAUUCUCUCUGUUCAUCCUUCUGUUGCCGGCUUCAGUCGUCCGUCUCUUACGUUACUGAUGCUGAAAGUCUCCGUGGAUACGGACGGGGCUGGAUUACCGCUCUAGAUUAUUUUUCAGCAGACGCUAAACUUAACCGUCCAGCCACUGCGGUCUGAGCUGACCAUCUGGCAGAUAUUUUCAGGAUCUUUCUGGAUAAUCCAGCACAAAAAGGAGGGAAAACUUUACAGCUGGAGGAAAAGGAGGAGAGCAUCGCACUGGUUUUUGGACUUACUUCGUCGCUGGUUUACGUUCCAUAAGACUCGUAUGAUGAAGGCUAAACCCGAGUCGGCUGGAGACUCAACUAGAACUUAACGUUUUCUAGUUUUCUAAUUUUCUACCACUUUCAAAGAAACAGAAACAAAACCACACCUUCUGAUCCCCCGCAAGGGGGGGUCCCACCUACUGUAUCGUCUCUGGGGCCGGGCAGGUGAACGAGGGAGCACCGGAGAACAGGUACUGAGGACACCCAGAGACCCCCCUCCCGAAAGUGAGAGGGGGGGAAGAUGGCAGCUCUCGCCAGCUCACUCAUCAGACAAAAACGGGCGGUCAAGGAUGACCAGGCCAACCGGCCGAUCGCCAACAAGCGCAAGCCGUGUCCAAAGAGCAACAAGUCGCUUUGCCAGAAACAAAUCCUCGUCCUCAUCUCUAAAGUGCGGCUAUGUGGCGGCCGAAGAGGGAGAACAGACAAAAGGCCAGAGCCUCAGCUGAAAGGCAUCGUCACCCGACUGUACAGCCAGCACGGCUACUACCUUCAGAUGCAGCCGGAUGGCACCAUGGACGGCACAAGGGACGAGAGCAGCUCCUUCUCACAGUUCAACUUGAUUCCUGUGGGGCUGCGGAUAGUGGCGAUCCAGGGGGCGAAGACGGGGCUGUAUCUGGGCAUGAACAGCGAGGGGUACCUCUACACCUCCGAGCACUUCAACCCAGAGUGUAAGUUCAAAGAGAGUGUGUUUGAGAACUACUACGUGACCUACUCAUCCAUGCUGUACCGGCAGACCCAAUCCGGCCGCUCGUGGUACAUCGGCAUCAACCGCGACGGGCAGGUCAUGAAGGGCAAUCGAGUCAAGAAGACCAAACCAGCUUCCCACUUCCUGCCUAAAGUCAUUGAAGUCGCCAUGUACAAGGAGCCGUCGCUGCACGAGUUAGUGUUGGAGCAGAGUCCGCCACGAAAGACGGUGAAGACGUCAGACUCACCGUCGCACCAAAACGGCCACAAGGAGGCGCCCCGGGCCGAGGCUUCGUAGCACAGGGGCCGGAGGGAGGGGGAGGGCGCCGGUCACACUCCGAAACUCCAUUUCCCUUCAAACACUGGGGCACAAAGAUCACAUCUCGCCUCCAUAGCCGCCGGCUGAGAGCUGGCCAUGGUGGGCCGGGGGUCGGUCAGCAGCCCCCUCCAGGGCCGACCUCUUCAGCUCCAGAGAGGGGAAGCCUCUGUCUUUCUCUUUUCUCUGACACAGUGGGCUUGGAGGAGCAGCCCACGCUUCAUUCUUCCCAGCAUGAGCUUUUGUAACCCUCCCGAAAUCACCCUCCCAGCUCCAGCAAGCCACAAAUCAGUGGCCUCCGGGUGCCCUGUGCCAGCUAGCGACUCGAACAGAGGCAGCCGUCGAUGACAAACACACCGAUGCAGGCAGAGCAAUGUCAGCCAUAUCCUAGCAAAACAACGCUGCGAGUUUACUUGACUGAAAACGCACAUCGGUCCCACAUGAAUGGAGUAAAAGAACAUUAGAGGAAGUCUUUAACGGUGAAUCUGACCAUGGCUGUGAUUCGGUCAUGGUAGAUCGUCCCAGCCAUGACGUUAUUCACCAUAACAAACCACACUGAGCUGCUUUUCUACAAAUUAAAGAAAAAAGCAGAUUAAAGAAGCCAGGAUCAUUCUUUCAAAUCUGAUCUUAACAUUUGCAUUUUCUUCCUCCGAAAAAAAUAGGUCCAGUAGCUUAGAGCACAGAGGCCACUGGUGCUGCUUAGGCAGCGGAAUAAUAUAAAACAUUAGUUAUUAUAUUGAAGCCAGAACCGUUUGUCACUGUGGAAUUAGACCUCUGCAUUUAACCCAUCCGUGCAGUGAAACACCCACAUACACACUAGUGAACACACACACUAGGGGGCAGUGAGCACACUUGCCCGGAGCGGUGGGCAGCCCAGGGAGGGUGCCUUGCUCAAGGUGACUUCGGUCAUGUAUUGUCAGCAAAGGGGAUCGAACCGGCAACUUUCCAGUCACAGGGCUGGUUCCCCAACCUCCAGCCCACGACUGCCCCCUAUUAUUAUAUCUAAUAAGAGCGUAUAGAAUAUUUUUUAGCCAAUCAGAAUGUGUGGGUGGAGCUAAUUAUGGCAUAAUAAAUACACAAACGCAACUGUUGGCAGCAAAAUGAAUGACAACAAUUACGUCAUUCGUGUGGAACCGAGGUACCAAUCAGAUGAAGUGAAUUCAAGGCAGUUUCCGUUUUGACUUUAUUUUUAUUUUAUUUCUUAUUUCGUUUUUCUUAUUUUGAUACUGCUGAUGAUAUGAGGGGGUGUAUGCUUGAGACAGAGAGAGAUAGAGGGAGAGGGCAGUAAACGUCCGGCCCACCUGAGCGUCCUGCUGGUUCAGUCACCGUGGUGAUGCCAGCAGUCUGCUCUCCCGUCCAAUCAGAGCCCAGCCAGCAGGAGGGGGCAGUAAAAUCAAUUUUUUACUGGACAGCUCAAGGAGGAUAUGUUUCUAUUGGAUGGUUUAGAGGAGGGGGAUUGAUUGAUUUCUGCUGGACGGUGGCCAGAUGAGUUCAUUCCUUGGCCAGCAUCUUUGGCUGGUCGCAACAAAAGAAGACGGUGCGGUCUAGUCAGAUUUUGCUGAGUGACCUUCGCAACUGCGACACUUUUUAAACACAAACAAAGGCUGUUUCCUCUCCUCCCUCCAUCACUCGCUCACUCAGCAGCUACCAGAAUGCGCCGAGUGUAUUUUACAUAAUGAUGAUGAUGAUGAUGAGGGUGAUGAAGCAUACUGAAAGGGCAUCAGAUGACCACAUUAAUAACAUAUAUUACAUCAGCACUGUUGUGUUUCACUUACUUUGGGCAAUAACAGUGUUGAUGUAAAACGUUCCCUUAUUUUUGAUUUAAUAUUCAGUGUUUUUGAGAAAAAUCUGGGAUUUUUCAGCCUAAAUUAAGCCGUCCAGUCCACUUUAAAGUCUUUCUAAACUGUUUCUAGUUCAAAUGUGUCAUGACCCAGCAUGACCACGUGGCUACGUCUUUAGUGACCACUCGACUGGUCUGCUAAGAAGGCUAUUUUUUGUUUAUCAGGGUCAAAUAUGCAGGGAUAUUAUAUAUAAAUACACAGAGGCCAUUGUUUCGCCAGUGCUUUUGAUGGAGUUCUUUCAGGGGAUUAUAUGGAGUUCAGCCAUGAUUCACAACACGUCCUGGAAUGAUGGCAUCCACCUUAGACCUCGAAGGGGAAUUCCACCAAUUUUCCACAGUUUCUGAGUAAAUAAGUGUGUUGAGAUGUAAACAGAGUCAUUCAGAGUGGUUUGGUGUGAAACGCUCUGUUCUAGAGAGACGUACCCAGUCAGAAGUGUUCACAGUGGUGGUGAUAGGAACCAGACGUCCCCCUCCAUUCAUGGUGGAGGGAUACAUAACAUGCAGGGCACUGUGAGGCAAAGUAGUCCCCAAAGAAAGCCCAUUAUUUCAGAUUCUACGCUAUUUUACCAUCACCGACAAUCUAUAAGAAUCUCAGGAGACUCGUGUAGGUUCUCUGGUGGUUCUGGAUGGUUAAUAUAGUGUCUAUAUCUGUGCUGUAGUCAUGGCGACGUCUGGUUCCCAUCACCACCACUGUAAAGACGUCUGAACCAUUUCACACCAAACCAGCUCUGAAUCUCUCUGAAUCUGAACUAUGCAGAGAUGUUUCAGUUGUGUGUGAGACUCUGGACGUGAGUGGGAUUUCUAAGCCAGUUCCAAUUGCCUUUAUUGGAUGGAGUAAAUACAUGCGUUCAAAAGUUUGGAAUCACUUGUCAUAUUAAUAAUUAUUCAAUAAUAACCUACACAGUGCAGACUGAAAGGUAAUAAUAUACGCCUCAAAAUGUAAAACAAUAGUUUAUUCACAACUUAAAGUAUUUUGAGAACAAAAGGAGGUUGUGGAUGUUUCAGUUUUAGUGGAUGUUUCAGUUUCAGUACGAACUGUUCACUGCAGGCCCUACAGUCCAUAUAUGGCAGCUAAGCUGCAUGAACAGCCUGGUUUGCAUUUGCUGUUUUUGUGAUGUCACAAGGAACUGUUCAUUCACAUACAGCAGUUGGUCCCCACCACUUGAACGUGACAUAAUAUAACAUAGCCAACCAGAAGAGAGGAAAUUUGCAUAUAUCAGUCUUAAAGGCACAGCCUGUUUAAGUCUAAUGGAUAAGGAGAGGAUGCAGUCAUGUAAAAAUGAAUUACGACUGGUUCAAAAAGCCACACAAGCAUCAUAAAUGGAGCUCAGGGAACAAAUAGCUCGCAAAAAUGUAAUAUUUGGGCCCAUUACGUACUAAACUAUCCAUUUACGGUCAUUUCUUAUCACCAAAUUACUGUGAAUGUCUGGUUGAUCGCUAUAGAUGUUGAUUUUAUUGGUUAAUUCUUGACGCUUCUGCAGCUCGUUGGAAACGGCUUAAUAUUAUAGCUUCCUUUACAUUGAAAGCAUCAUGGAAUCAUUUUAUGCCUCUAUUUGCAAUAACAUGGUUUAAUAUGAGAAACAAGGGUUCCAAAUUUUUGAACAGUAGCGUGUGUGUCUAAUGAAAACAUCACUUCAUACCCAUUACUGUGCAUUUUUAGACCAUCGCAGUCCUUUCUGAUGAUCAUUUUGGUCAUUAUGGUCAGGAUGGAGAUGGCUUCAGUGAGGGACCAGAACAUCAAAGCGGGAGAGUUGAUCGUUAUUCCGCACACGCUCUCCUGCUUAUCCUCUCCCAGCCUUUACCUCCCUGGCCGGGUGUCCGGCAGAUGAGCCAGACAUGCCGCUCUGUGAUGACUUCUGGAACAGAGCCAUCAGACAUUGUGCUUAAUGAAAAACCUCCAUUGGCCAGCGCUCGGCUCUGGUCAUAUAUUUUGUCAGUCCGGAUGAAAGCAUAACCUCCGUUUGGCCUUGUCUGAGUUGUCCGACUGUCAGGAUGAAUGCACAGAUCCGCAAUUACACCACAGGCCAAACGUAUGGAAGCAGGCAGUGAUGCUCUAAAAGCUGCGCUGAGUUUUAGUUAGAAAGGAAAGCAGUGGUGGACCGUUACACUGCGGUAUCACACAGCCUCCAGCAUUACUGCCAGGAGUGCCGCACGACGGUCAAAGGAACAGUCAAAGCACGUCGAUAAGCAUGCUGGUGUGUAGUACGUUGUCGAAAAUGGGUUGAGAAUGUUGUAACAGAGUUAAAGUGUGAACAGAGUAGUCUUAAAUAUGUAGGUAGAGCAAUGGGUGGAUGUUGAAGAUCCAAGCUGAAAUAAAGUUGAAUAAGGUCAAAGGAAGAUAAAGACUAAGCCUAAGAGAGAUAUAGAGAGUCAAAAACAGUCAAGCUCAAAUAACGUCAAAAAAGGUCAAAAGAGACAAAGAAAGUGAAAAAAGUCAAGGUCAAAUGAAGUUCAAAGGCAGAAGAUCAAAGGAAAGCAAAGAAAUUCAAAAAUGUCAAGGUCAAAUAAAGCAAAGCUAAAGAACAUCAAAUAACGGUUUAAGAAAGUCUAUGAAAGAUGAGGGACAGUCAAGGUGAAGAAGCUCAAAUAAAGUCAAAAAAGGUCAAAAUAGACAAAGUGAAAAAUGUCAAGGUCAAGGAAUGUCAAGGUCGAGAAGGUCCAAGAAAGUCCAAGAUGGUCAAAAAGAGUAAAAAACAAUCAUAGACGUGGUUAAGUAAGUGUCAAUAAAGUCAAGGUCAAGAAGGUCAAAGAAAGAAAAUGAAAGUGAAGGUGAAGAAGGUCAAAGACAAUCUAAGAUGGUCAGAGAAAGUCAUGGUCAAGUGAAGUCGGUGUUGGGGUCAACAAGAUCAUACAAAGCUAAACAAAGUCAAAAAAGGCAAGGUCGAAGAAAGGAGAAGAGAGGCAAGGUCAAAGAAAGAUGGUCAACAUGGUCAAAGAAAGUCACAAAACUCAUGGUCAAGUAAAGUAAGCGUCAAAAAAGUCAAGGUCAAGAAGGUCGACGGAAGAAACAGCAAGGCAAAGUCAAAGAAAGACGGUCAUGAUGGUCAGAGAAAGUCAAAAACGUCACGGUCAAGUAAAGCUGGCGUCAAAAAAGUCAAAAGGAUCAAAUAAAGUUAAAACAGAAUCAAACACAGAAAAAGAAAGUCAAGGUCAAGAAGGUCAAAGAAAAUUUGAGCGCUUGAAAGGAACUCUUGAAAGGAUAUAGAACGUCAAUGUCAAAGAAAGCCAAGGUCAAGAAGGUCAAAUAAAGUUAAAUAAGAUCAAAGAAGACAAAAAAGUUUAAAAAGUGAGGUCAAAGAAAGUCAAAGGAGGUCAAAUGGGGGUAACUAGCCUCUCGGCCUGUGAAGACGUGUUAGGUGAUUUCGUUUGGAGUGUGUUGGGUUUUUAGGUUGUGUGUCGUGCGUAGAUGUGAGGCUGCAGGCGUGAAGAAUGGACCGAAGGAGUGAAGCUGUUGGGUGUGACGGCGGACAGAUUGAAAAUGUUUGGAUGAUGAAGCGGGAAGGGAUGGAUGGAUCAUUAGGCCGGACGCAGAGAUGAGGAGAAGAGUGAGUUUUUCUAGCGCUUUAGUGCUGACAGAGAGCCGUAAUGACUGCGCCGAGAACAUCUAAAGGUUUAUUAUGCGUUUACAUGGUUUCUGGGCUUCUUCAGGGAAAACGCCACAGGCUGACGAGGCAGAGGAGGAGGCGGGGGGGUGCUUAAAGGAGGGGGGAGGGGUGUGUGUUGCCACAUUUCUUGAACACCUUCAGCGAGGUGAUGUCUGCUUCCAGCGCAGGUGAUGGAGAGACUGUACACGUGCCUGCUUCCAUAUGCAGACCUGAAACCUUCUCUAGAAUCAUUUUUUCCUCGAUGGGUACAUUAGAAAGGUCCUCAGGAUGAAAGAAAAACAGGCAUUGUGAAUAAAACCAAUCCACAUAGACAGAAUACAUUAACAUUUGUGCUGAAGUUAUGAGGAGCGUUUCAGGCUGGACUCCUUUUUGAAUGAGGCUCAGCCGCUCAGAUCAGUGUAUCAGUCUUAAAGGCACAGUAACAAAAACCGCCUGUGUACCUCUGUGGGAUGAAGAAAGGUUGGAAAAUAGCCAUGUAAAAAUAGUUUUGACGUUUCACGGUACAUAAAACCUCACAGUCAUCCUGAAUGAAUCUCAGACGGAAAAAUAAAACGCAGGAAAAAAUGCGGCCCCUUUCGGCAGAGCGCGAUUCUGCUCUGUAGACCCUUUAGAAAGGGUGACCCCCCCCCCAUCAUGCAUAAAAACAAGUAAGUGUGUGUGUGUGUGUGUAUUACCUGGCUCCACUGCGAUCACAAGGACACACACACACUCCCUCCCUCUGAAGUCAUGCUCCAUUUCCUGAGCAAUCUUCCCAAACCACGUCCUGAGUGUCCAAUGGCCAUUAACCUUCCCUACAGUGAGAGAGAGAAAGAGAGAGAGAGAAAAGUGUGUAUGUUUGUGUAUGUGUGUAUGUGUGUGUGUGUGUGUGUGUGUGUGUGUGUGUGUGUGUGUGUGUGUGUGUGGGACAGAGUAGUAACGAUCGAUUGGCUCAAUAAAAGCUAAACUGAAGCGCAGUAGCAGAGCACGGUGCGCUCUGAUUGGUUGCUGCAGCAGCAGAGGACGUUCAGUACACUGAACUGAGAGAGCAUCUGCCAGAGAGUGUGGAGGGAAACCCCUCUACAGCAACACUGACCACACACUGACCACGCGCUGACCACACACUAACCAUAGAUUGAACACAUACUGACUGCAUACUGAACACAUAAUUAACACACACUGACCACACACUGAAAACAUACUGACCACAUAAUGAACACAUACUGAUCACACACUGACAGCACACAGCCAUAGACUGAACACAUACUGACCGCAUACUGACCACAUGGUGAACACUCACUGACAACACACUGAACACAUACUGACCACAUACUGAAAACAUACUGACCACAUAAUGAACACAUACUGAUCACACACUGACAGCACACAGCCAUAGACUGAACACAUACUGACCGCAUACUGACCACAUACUGAACACUCACUGACAACACACAAAGAGCAUACAAUGAACACAUACUGACCACAGAUUUACCACACACUGAAUGUCUUCUGAACACAUAUAUACUGACCACACACUGACCAUCUACUGGUAACACAUUGACCACAUACUGAAAAUACACUUACCACACUCUGAAUACAUAAUGAACACAUACAUACUGACAUGACACCGACCACAUACCGGCCAUCCACUAAAAACAUACUGACCACACACUGACAGCACAGUGCCCACAUACUGACCGCCUACUAAAUACAUAAUGACCAUACGCCGACAAUAUGCUGAACACCUACAUACUGAUAAGACGCUGAACACAUACUGACCACAUACUAAUCACUCACUGAGCACUUACUGAAGACACACAUACUGACCGCACACUGACCACACACAUAUGAUUCAGAUUCAUUUACAGGCCUGACCAGAAUUACCCCACAUGCACAUGCAUUCAGUUCCCAUUCAGCCUCUCUCUGUCUCUCUCUCUCUCUCUCUCUCUCUCUUUCUCUCUCUCCCUCUCUCUCUUUCUCUCUUUCUCUCUGUCUC